AUGGCUGUAAGAGCAGAGGACUUGACUAGUGCUCUUCAAAGGGACAACGACGUGCUCGCCCUGCCCAUCUUCAAACAAGAGGAGCCCCAGCUGUCCCCCGAGAACGAGGCCCGCCUGCCGCCCCUGCAGUACGUGCUGUGUGCUGCCACAUCCCCGGCCGUGAAGCUGCACGAGGAGACCCUGACCUAUCUCAACCAAGGUCAGUCCUAUGAGAUCCGGCUGCUGGAGAACCGGAAGCUGGGAGACUUUCAAGAUCUGAACACAAAAUAUGUCAAGAGCAUCAUCCGAGUGGUUUUCCACGACCGCCGGCUGCAGUACACAGAGCACCAGCAGCUGGAAGGAUGGCGGUGGAGCAGGCCUGGGGACCGGAUCCUGGACAUCGAUAUUCCACUGUCUGUUGGUAUCUUGGACCCCAGGGCCAGCCCCACCCAGCUGAACGCCGUCGAGUUUUUGUGGGACCCUUCGAAGAGAGCCUCUGCAUUCAUCCAGGUGCACUGCAUCAGCACAGAGUUUACCCCGAGGAAACACGGGGGUGAGAAGGGCGUGCCUUUCCGGGUGCAGAUCGAUACGUUCAAGCAGAACGAGAAUGGGGAAUACGCGGCACACUUGCACUCGGCCAGCUGCCAGAUCAAGGUGUUCAAGCCAAAGGGAGCUGACCGGAAACAGAAGACGGACCGGGAAAAGAUGGAGAAGAGAACUGCCCAGGAGAAGGAGAAGUACCAGCCAUCCUAUGAGACCACCAUUCUCACCGAGGGUGUGUCUGAGACCUUCACCGUCAUAGGCUUCCUCCCGUCCCAGCUCCCCGCUGACGCGAACAGCUCUCCAACCCACCCAGUGGAGCCCCUGCCCUUGGGCAGUGAUCACCUGGUCCCGUCGGCCUCGAUCCAGGACGCCCAGCAGUGGCUGCACCGGAACCGGUUCUCCCAGUUCUGCCGACUCUUCGCCAGCUUCUCUGGUGCUGACUUGCUGAAGAUGUCUCGAGACGAUUUGGUCCAGAUCUGUGGCCCCGCAGAUGGGAUCCGGCUCUUUAAUGCCAUCAAAGGCAGGAACGUGAGGCCCAAGAUGACCAUUUACGUCUGUCAGGAGCUGGAACAGAACCGAGCACCCUUGCAGCAGAAGCGGGAUGGUGGUGGGGACAGCAGUCUAUGUGUGUACCACGCCAUCUUCCUGGAGGAGCUGACCACCCUGGAGCUGGUUGAGAAGAUCGCCAACCUAUACAGCAUCUCCCCACAGCACAUCCACCGCGUGUACCGGCAGGGCCCCACCGGCAUCCACGUGGUGGUGAGCAACGAGAUGGUGCAGAAUUUCCAAGAUGAGUCUUGUUUUAUCCUCAGUACCUUGAAAGCUGAGAGCAACGAUGGCUACCACAUCAUCCUGAAAUGCGGCCUCUGAGCAGACACAGAGCGUGUAAAGUAGGGCCUCCGCCUCCCAGCCCCACAGACUCCCUCGGACGUAGAAACCACACCACCGUGUGCCGCGGCCACCCUCUGGCAAGCCGUGGCUCAGAGGGACAUGGCCCAGUCCCGGAAGAUUGUGGCCCAGUGACCAGCAGAACCCCAUGGACGCAGUCUCUGGUGUUGAGUGAGCUAAAGGCUCCUCUGUCCCUUCCUUCCGGCUUCCAGCUCUGGAACGUUCCUUGUUCUUUUCCCAGCCCUACUGUCCUAGGAGGCAAAUGGCAAGGGGCACCUUCUCUGAAACCCCUUGCGCCCUUGUUGGAAGCCAGUUCCCUGAGUGUCUCGGGCCUUCUGACCGUUGUCCCCCUGCCUCCAGGGAAGUGCCCUGCCUCACCCUGACCUUAACCUUCUCUGGUAACCUGCUCUGUGACCAGGAUGCUGACUGGGUGCGGGUGCUUUGCUGCGGCUCUACUAUCUUCAUGUUGGUUUCCCUUCUCUGCGACCCUGGUGGGCAUCCGUCUUUGUGCUUCUUGAAUGGAUCGGUGGGAAGGGGAUUUAUUCUGUGCCUUCUGCCUCCUUCACCUUGACUCCUUUUCUAAGGACCUGCUUUUGCAGUGCCCAGCGAGGGGCUCCUGUCUCUGUGUUGGUAGUGUAGACACCACAAUGCUAGUGUAGGACUGGCCCCUGACACCUAGGUCUGUGGCCUUGGGAGGAAGAAGGAGAGGGUAGAACAACUCUUUUCAGGUCCAUUCUCAUGAUUAUGAAAGGGAUGAGGACAGAAUAUUUUUCUUGAGCUCCUUUUAUGUAAUUUUAUGUCCUAAGCAGUCACGGGUAAGGAGGAUUAGGACAGGAGCAUUGCCUGUAUGAGCAGAUGACCCUGACGGUCUGAUAGCAGGCCCUUCUGGGUGGAUGUAACCACGUCCCAUUUAGAGCAGACCACUGCCACACUGGCCAAGUUUCCUAGGGACUCCAUCUUUCCUGUGAGGCCCCGACUGAAAUGUUUAUCUUUUUUCAUGUGUGGAGGGAAUGUUUAGGGCAUUCUGCCUGCAUUGGUGUGGUUGGAUCACCUCUCAGUGGCUUAAUUAUGGGGAUAUUUGAUUAUCAGUAGCCAGUAAACUCAGGAACUAGUUGUCUGUUUCUCAGGUAUCUGUACUCUUUGCUAACUUAGGUUUAUCUUCCAAAGCAUUGAGAAGCCUGUGAUCAAUGGAGCAGGAUUUUACAGCUUCUAAAGUGGAGCUUCAGGGAAUACAGCGCUAGCAUCAAAGAUGGCCAGAACUGGCUUUACAGGUGGUGAAAAUGAAACCCAGGGGGGCAGAGCCAUCUGCCUGAUAUCACAUAGUGAUAGGGCAGUGGUAUAAAUCUAUUGUAUAAAUCAGGACACCCCUGAGGGUGAAGGGGGCUCUCGAAGUAAUACUUACUUGGGAAAACAGGUAAGGUGUUUCUACAGAGUAAAAGAGGCUCCUGAUUCCUGUUUGCAGACAGGGUGUGGGAGCAGGCGACAGCUUUAUUGAGAUACAAUUCACAUACGAUACAGCGGACCCAUUAGAGCAUACAGCUCUGUGGUUUUUAGGAAAUUCAGAAUCAGCACAUUCAACUUCAAGACAUUUUCCUUACCCCCAACAGGAACCCUGUUCCUUUCCUCAGUGAUCACCCGCUUCCCCCCAACUCCCCUUGUCCUAUGCAACCAUGACUCUCCUUCCCAUAGAGGUUUACCUACUCCGGACAUUUCAUGGAUAUGGGAUUACAGUGGCCUUUUGUUUUUUACUAGCAUAAUGUGUUCUAGGGUCAUCCAUGUCAAUCUUUUCAUCGUUGUGUAGUGUUUCAUUCUCUGGAUAUAUGCACCACAUUUUGUGGAUUUACUCAUUAGCUGUUGCUACGUGAGUUUCUCCUUUUUGGUUGCCGUGAACAUAUUUGUUUUUGCGUACAGAAUAUGUUUUCAUUUCAUUUGGGUGCAUCCCUACGAGUGGCAUUGCUGGGUCCUACAGAACUCUGUGUUUAACUUUUUGAGAAACUUCCAGAUGGUUUUCCAAAACAAUGGCGCCAUUUUACCCUCCUACCAGCAGCAGUGUAGGAGGGCUCUGGUUUCUCUGCAUCAUCCCCAACACUUGCUGUUGUCUGUCUUUUGAUGAGAACAUUCCAGUGAAUGUGAAGUGGUAGCUCACUGUGGUUUUGAUUUGUAUUUCCCCAAUGCCUAAUGGUGUCGAGCAUCUUCCCAUGUGCAUAUUGGCCAUUUCUGUGUCAUCUUUGGAACAGUAUCUGUUUAGAUCCUUUGCCCAUUUCUAUUUGGGACCUUGGUCUUUUUUUUAUUACUGUGUUUGCAUCAGUUCUUGGUAUAUUCUAGAUACAGGUCCUUUAACAGCUCUGUGAUCUGUAACAUUUUUCUUCUCAUUCUGUGGAUUAUCCUCGCCUUCUUCUGAUGUCCUUCGCAGCACAAAGGUUUUUCAUUUCGAUGAUGUCCAAGAUCCCUACUUUUCCUUGCUUGCACUUCUUGUGUGGUAUCUGAAAAACCAUGGUGUGAUCCAAAGUCAAGAAGAAGUUCUUUCUAAGAAUUUUCAUAGUUGGGGCUUUCUAGCAGCCUUUGAUUCAUUCGAAAUUAAAUUUUGUACAUGGCAUGAGGUAGAGGCUGAGCGUCACUCUUGCCUGUGUAUACCCAGUGUUCCUGCAUGAGUUUUGACCUCCCCUCCCUCUGCUUCCCUCCACAGCCCAUGUCUGGCUCCACUAUUGUAACUGGCUUUCCUCUUACUGUCUCUCCCUUACUCUCCCUUAACCUUCUCAACGGUACUGGGUCAUAUUGUGCAGCCUUUCUUGGUGCGUGUUCUAACUGCACACAUUAGUCCCACGGGAGAGUUGGGACCAGCCAUUUCCUUUUUUGAGGACAGUGAGCCACAAAGAAGUGGAAUAAUUUGCCCAAGGUCACACAGAGUCAGGACUAGACCUUUGGUCUCGAAUUUCAAGAUGUCUGUCAGUCACUAGACCUAAGUGAUGCCACUGCUCUGGGCCAAGUGGUGACAGCCUCGAUUUUAAUUAUUUAAUUGUGGUAGGCUCAUAUUUUUAUUUCUUCAUUCCAAAUGAGGGUCUAAUAAAGAUCUGUUACCUUAA